AUGUCCUAUCUUCAGCUUGUCCAUUUCGACAAUGGAGCGAUUAAGAUUAACGAGAGGGUCUUGAGAGAUACAAUUUUUAAUGCAAAGUAUCGUGGGUAUAAGGUGCGUCUGGUAAGCGUGGUCGGGCCAAGCCGAACCGGCAAAAGCUUCCUCGUCUCAUUUCUUUCACAGUACACCCUCGGCACACCUUUUCCAAUAAUCACCGGCGACUUCAAGAGCGGCUACGAACGUGUGACGACGGGUAUCCACAUCCUCUCACAACCCCAACUUUACAAGACCGACGCCGGGACGCAUGCCGUUUUCCUGCUCGACACCCAGGGCACGUUUGAUCUACAAACCGAACUGUACAUAUCCGAGUGGAUCAUGGCUUUUAGCCUUCUUGUGUCUGAUACCUUGAUUUUCAACGUUCGUGUCAACGUCGAUGGCGAUCAUUUGCGUAUACUGCAUCGUGCUGCCCAGAUUGCGGAUUCGAUUGGUCAAGGGAAAAUUUCACAGGAUCUCCUCUUCUUGGUUCGAGACGCAGCCGAGUCCGGGGUGAAAGGCCAAGAAUUUUUGGAUCAACUUUGGUCGCAAAAUUCUGCUUCGAACGAACUAGCCGACGCCCGGGACUCGCUGAAAAAUCUGAUCGGCAAAAUCGGAUGCAUUUUAACGCCGCCUCCAACCAGAAAGACCCAGUCUGCAAAUGGAUUGUUCCGAAUUCAAGGCAAAGAGGAUCAGCUUUUUAUCGAGUCGCUCGUCGACACGAUUCAUUAUAUUAAAAAUAAUGGGCGAGAUGGAUCAGCGCUUGCCGUGACUGACAUUGAGUUUUGGAAGAAUACCGCAAAACUACUUGAAGACUCGGUGCAAGAUGUUGCUCGAGCCUCAGCGGCGCGCGAAGCCGUCUUCAUCGAAAAUGCGUGCAACGAGGUUUUUACAAAAUUGAAUAUCGAUCAGACGGAGGCUGCAAGGUGCACGAAUCUCUCCAGAUAUUACCAUGCGAAGGAUCACGAAGCUAGUAAAAUUAUUGGGGCAAAAUAUCCGGCAGAUAUUGCAACGCAGAUUCAUCAAGGCGUGCGCACGCGGUUAGAGGCUGACUUCAAUAAUAUGGUCCAACUUAUUCAAAAAGAAGAUGAGGCCAAGCGGAGAAAGCAAUUUAUCGACGCCGGACUUCGAGCCGGCCGGACCGAAAUUUCUAAGUUGAGCACGAUCCGCGAAGGGCGCGACUUCUAUCUAAAAAAUCGGCUUGCUGAACUUGCCCAAAAUGAUGUAGAACUAGAGUUGCUACUCCGGGGGAUACUGAAAGCCGAGCUGGCAUUUUGCUCAAAAACCGAUAUCAAGCACCACGUUGCGGAUGAGUGCAAAAUUUUUAGGAAUAUUUUGAGCAAGAUCCCGAUCACAGAGACGCUGACAUUCGAUGGUCAUGCCGACAGGAUUGAUUUUCAUGUAAAGUCGGUGCUCGAGGAAAUUGGCUUCCUGUAUGAUUUGGAGAUCAUUGGCGAGGAGGAAUUCAAGAAGGUUGAGGAAACGUGCCGUGCCCAAUUGCAGAUGACCCUCGAAGCGGCCGUCAGAAAUCAUGAAAAUCUUCAGAAGAAGCAACGCCAAAUGCAACCAAAAAUCGAUAAUGGUGUAGUAGCAAGUCCCAAACCGACAGUUAUGGAAUCUGAAAGAUCUACCGCAAACCCCGAUACCCAAGUCGCGAAUAAUGCUCGAAACCUCUCACCCGAGACGGAGGCGAUAGCACAAGAACUCGACGACUGGCAGGUCAUUUCAAGAAGGGGAAAACUGGCUGAAUCUCUACCCCCUGUGCCCAAGCGAGCGGCCAUCGAGGCCGAAACCCCACCUCAAAAGAUUCUAACGCCGAACUCGAUCAAAAUUGAAGGACAAGUUCCGAAGCCAGCGGACGCGAAACCCGUAAACGUCAGCUACAGUAGUGCACUACGAAAUACAAACAGUACCCCGCUUUCAUCACGAAUUGUCGAAACAUCAGGAUCAGCUACCAGGGAGAACAUUGCCCCGGAAGUUCAAAUACUGCGAAAGAAACUCGAGGCGGCGGAGAAAGAGAAGGAGAGAAUCGAACGGAAAGAUCAGGAUAAAUUCCUGGAGAUUACUGGCUUGAAGAAGCAGCUCGCAGAUGCGCAGCUGAUUUUCGAUGAGUUGCCAAAGUUUCGCGAUCUGGUCGUCAAGCUAGUUGAGGACUACAAUCGUCACCCAAGAAUUCUUGAUGAGGUGCGCCGGGAAAAGCUGCGGGUCGACAUGGUGCGUCUGCUGAGGUGUGACCAGCAUAAUGAGGGUCUACCUCACUACAAGAAUCUGCAACAGGAACGAGAAAAUGUAGCCUCACAUACCUUUCAAGUGGUCACCGGGCAUGUAAUGAAACCAGUGAAGCUCAUGUUCUCCGACAUUGACAAAGUCGUGAAAGAAUGUGGCCGUAUGAGCGUCGUGCUCCGUAUCGACAACGAGCUCAACCUGGCCCUACAGGAAAUCCUUGGCUAUAUGACGGACGGGAUUGUGACGUAUUUACCAAACAUCAAGGAGAGGAUCCGACGCGCAGACGCGAAUUUCGCAAAAGAGCGCCUGCCCUUCUACGUCGAGCUAUCCGUCAGCCAGUCGCUGCAGAACAACGUUGACAUGUUUUAUAUGGAGCACGGGGAAAAGGAGUGGUUGUAUAGCGAAGAGGCAAAAAUUAGCGCUGAGGAUCGUGACUUGUUGAUGACGUUGCGAGGCGCGCCAGAGGUUGAUCAGUACGCCGUCUACAACUAUAUUUAUAGUGUUAUGAGACGCAAGGUACUCGGAUAUCCCAACGAAUAUCCACUUGUCGUAGCAUCAAGGCUAUGCCACGAAUUCCGCAAAACGAUCUACGACAACUUCCGCGAGGCCUUCGCGAAGAAGGGCGAAUUUUACGAAAAGGAACUCGGCACCGUGCUCGACUUGUGUCUCAUCUGCCGAUGGGCCGCCCAGCUGGCUACAGAGCGCGGCGAGUGCCAGUACCUCAGCGACGUGUUCGACUACGUGACGGCCGGGCUCGACCCGACAAAGGAGAAUGCGGAUUGGACAAAACUCGUGCGGAAGGCCAUCGCCAGGGGUGACAACAGCUAUCGGUUCAUUGGGUUCUCACUUGGCUACUAUCUGGACAAGGCGGUCGGGGAGUUGAAGGAGCUGAUCAUCGCAAGGAUUAACCCUGGAAGUACCAAGUCGAGGAAGAAGACUUUGAUCAAC